ACACGUGACGUGUAUAUAUUAUCCAAGAUAGGAAAGCAUCUUGUAUUCAGUCUGAUAGAAUUGAAAUCUAAGAUCGAUAAAUAGGCUGUUUUAUUAAUGAACGACACACACGAGAUAGGUGACCAGUGUAGUUAGACAUGUCACCACCUCUCCCGAUCAUCCUCACUCCGCUGACCGCCGUGGGGCACGCUGGUAUUGUCCAGCGUCAUAAUAGCCGUCACACCUACAGCGACCUGACCUCAGGUUAGGUCAGUUAGGAUGAACAAUGGUGUAAUUGAAUAAUUAGGGAAGUUUCUAUAAAGACAAUCUCUUCUCUCUGUACUCCAGCCAUGGGAGGUUACGGGUUUCACGCAAGAUUGUUUUGUAGGGACGAUUCACUUUCACCUGUGUCAGAAUUAAAUGGCCAAUUUUUUCAUGAACGUUUUGCAUUCAAAAGUGUGCGUUUGAUUAGAAAUGGCAAUUUUAGUCGUUUUUGACAUCAUGGGAAAAUGAGAAAUACGGACUUUUUAAAAUGGGUUAAACGUAAAUAUCAUUGGGUAAUCACUGUUGGUAUCGCCUGGCUAUUUGAGCAGUGUGUGUUUCUGGGAUUUUGUUCCAAGACUCUCCAGGUAAAAGACCUUUUAAAAAAUGGUCAACACAUUACAAAGUGUGUUUGAUAGUUCUCUGUUCGGAACCUGCCAGUAUUCGUGUCCUAAAAUAACAUGCAAGACACGCAAGAGACGGCACGUGCCUCACUCUCAGAGAUCACCAGAGUAUGUCCUUCACCGUAACACCCGGGAACGAAGGAGGGUCGAGGCCAUCAACGACGCCUUUCAGUUGCUGAAGAAGCACGUGCCGUUAAUAGAUGAGACGGAUGAUAAGGCGUCUAAAGUCGGAAUCUUGUACGGAGCGGCACGCUACAUCAGAGUCCUAGCUGACAUAUUGGAAAACACAUCACGUUCUACGACAUCGCGUUCUGACGUCAAUGGGAACACACUUAUGGAACGACAAGAUAUGCCCGGAUGUGAUACAAAUAGCCUGAACAAUUGUGUCAUCAGAGAGCAGAAGAAAUUCCAUUACUGUCAACCUCAGUUUCAGAACAGCAGCUCGAGCCCGACAUGUAUGUUUAUGGAGAUACAGAACUGUCCAUCCAUAGACUACACACAAUGUCUAGAGAAUGUCCCUCCUCGCCAACACAUCUCAGCCGGUCUGCCCGACCCCCGGGACUGUCAAGCUAUCUACACAUCCACUAAUCUGCUGUGGCAGUAGGAUGUGGAAGAAAAACCUCCCAAAAUGGACAGUAUUUCCCGGCUUCACGGACCAAAGCUGAGCUCUCUGAUCACAAUGUGCUUCUCCAUGUGCGGACCAUUCGAGCAAAUUUUCCCUUAAAAUGUGUUGUGGCGUGUCCAUUUUACUGGUCUUGUUAUAAGCAUUAUACAUGUAUUAGUAUUAUCAUUGCCCGAGUUCAUUUAUACAAAUGAUAUGUCUGUCUGUCUCUCUCUCUCUC